CGCCGCCGCGCUCCAGCUCCGUCAGUUUCCUCGGCAGCGGUAGGCGAGAGCACCCGGACCAGUGCGAGCGCAGGGGCCACCGGUGGCGGCGGCACGGACGGAGCAAGGGCGCGGAGGAUCCCACUCGUACAGCAGCGCACUCGGUGCCCCGCGCAGAGUCGCGAUGCUGCCCGGUUUGGCACUGCUCCUGCUGGCCUCCUGGACGGCUCGGGCACUGGAGGUCCCCACUGAUGGCAAUGCUGGCCUACUGGCUGAACCCCAGAUCGCCAUGUUCUGUGGCAAACUCAACAUGCACAUGAAUGUGCAGAGUGGGAAGUGGGAGUCAGAUCCAUCGGGGACCAAAACCUGCAUUGGCACCAAAGAAGGCAUCCUGCAGUAUUGCCAGGAAGUCUACCCUGAGCUGCAGAUCACCAAUGUGGUGGAAGCCAACCAGCCAGUGACCAUCCAGAACUGGUGUAAGCGGGGCCGCAAGCAGUGCAAGACUCAUGCCCACAUUGUGAUUCCCUACCGCUGCCUAGUGUUUUUUCCUUUCUUUUUGCAGACGUGCAGUGAGAAGGGCACCAACUUACAUGACUAUGGCAUGUUGCUGCCCUGUGGAAUCGACAAGUUCCGAGGGGUAGAGUUUGUGUGUUGCCCUCUAGCUGAAGAAAGUGAAAAUAUCGAUUCUGCUGACGCAGAGGAGGAUGACUCAGAUGUCUGGUGGGGUGGAGCAGAUACAGACUAUGCAGAUGGGAG